UGAAGAUCGAUAUCAUAUCGAUUUCGUACCGGAUGAUGAGACUAACUCGAUACGUGAUAGAUGCAGCGCUGGAAAAUAAGACUGAAUCGAUAAGCAUCAACGCCUGAUCAGUACUGCACUGGAUAAUGAGACUGAAUCAAUAACUAAUCGAUACCACAGUGGAUAAAACUGAAUUAUAAGUAUCAGGGUGGGUGAACUGAGAAGUGUCAAUACCUGAUCAAUACUGUACAGGAUACAGCAGGAGCUGUACUAACGGGAGCAUUGGGGUCCGGGUUGAGGUUGGGCUCAGUUUCUGGAAUGGGCUUUAGUCCUGGACGUGGCUGUGAACCCUGAUAGCUGGUCUGAGGCUUUCCUGACCUGGGGCCGCGGCGGGACAAACUUGUCCAGGAGUCUGCAUCGAGAAAUUUUCAGUGUUUUUAUUUGGUUUCAAUUUCUCCGUGGAUUAUUGGUUAUCGAUCAGGUUUUGCGAAAGAAAAUGAGAAUUGGAUAAAUUGUAAGAACAGGAAUCAGUGAGAGGAGCCAAAUGAGCGUUACACCGUCCGGACUGAGUGAGAGGUUUCCCAUCAGAAGACUUCCCAGGCAAGGAAGCAUAUUGAACAAGGACCUGUCACCUGAUAAAAAGCAUGACAAAAAAAACUCGGAAAAAUCUCCUCUAUACGAGUUUGAUCCAACAGAGAGCUCGUCCAAACAAAAGAAGCCCAGGUUCAAUUGUGAUGAGCAUAAACACGGGUCCUAUGGCCUAGUUCAGCGCUGUGUCAUAAUCCAGAGAGAUGAAAAUGGGUUCGGCCUGACGGUCAGUGGGGAUAAUCCUGUGUUUGUCCAGUCCGUUAAAGAAGAUGGAGCAGCCGUACGUGCAGGUGUACAGCAGGGCGACAGAAUCAUUAAGGUUAAUGGAACGUUGGUCACUCAUUCAAACCAUGUGGAGGUGGUUCGAUUAAUUAAAUCUGGGUCGUAUGUGGCUCUCACAGUCCUAGGCCGUCCCCCUGGCUCUCCCCAGGUUCCACUGACUUCUACAGAUGGAGAUGCUGGGGGUUUUUUCUUCCCUGGACAGCAAAGUCAGAUGUCCCCAAAUCCAACUUUCUCUCACCAUUCUUCAAGCAGCAGUUGCCCAGAGAGGAUCACAAGCCCCAUGCCCGUGGCGGAAGACAACAUUGUACACAACCAGAAGGUUGAAAUUCUGAGGAACAUGCUGGGCACCGAGUUACGACAGCUAGAGCAACUUAAAGAGAAGUACUCAAGGAACCCAUCGCCACAGCUGCUUCGAGAUCAGCAGGAGGUGGAGAAACACAUUCAGCAACUCCAGGAACAACUUGGCAAAGCGACAGGCUCCUUACAGGAUGGCUCGACUUCAGUUCGACACUCGGAAGCAUUAGCUAUUGUUGAAAGACUGACUGAAGAUGCGGGUGACUGGGAGCAUGACCUUCCAUCACAGAGUGAGAACACAGGAUCUGAUAGAAGCCGCGUUUCAUUUAGCCGUGCGGAGUCUACAAUAAGCAGCCCGUCUCCCCCAUGUGAUGGCCUCUUUCACCGAGACUCUCUGAAUAGCAGCCCCAAGAUCUCCCCAAAAGAUGCUGGCAGUUUCUGUGAGAGUAUGGAAGUCGAUGAGAACCAGGACUGGGAUUCACUGUCCUCAGGGCUCAGCCCCCCGCGAGUUGCAGUGCAGAUAAUCGGUGCUGAGGAUGAUGAUUUUGAUACCGAGGCUGAACAGAUUGAUGUCCAGUGCAGCUGUUUCCAAAGCAUUGAUCUGGUGAAAUCCCGUCCUGCACAUUUGGUUGCCUUUUUACAUCAUGUCGUGUCACAGUUUGAGGCGGCUCCAUUGCUCUGCUACCUCUACGCCGAUCUCUACAAUCACACAAAUUCUAAGGAUCAUCGACGGAUGUUUCUAGAGUUUUGCCACCUUUUCCUGGAGAAGGGUUCGAAUCUCCGAGUUCAGGUACCAGAAUGGAUCAGUGUAGAGCUAGAACGUAGAAAAGGAGAUCUGUCUGAGGAAAUGCAGCGUAGCUGUGUGCAGGGGAUGCAGGACAGUGUCCUGCCUGAUGUUCAGACGCACCUGGAAGAUUUCAGGCAAAAACGUAAUAUGGGAAUGACAAUCGGAGAGAAUGAAUUGGCAAAGUUGGAUGCAGAGCGAAUCCGAGACCGUGUGGCAGCAGAGCAGAAGGAACGGGUGUGUGCAGAGCACCUGUUACAGAAGAUCGACGAGGUCCUUGCGACCUUGUCCCCUUCUGAGGAAGAAAAGAGUAAUUCUGUUGCGGAUGUGAUCCUCCUCUAUAUGAAGCAGCUUGGAGUGAAAAUGAAGGAACUGAGGAACCUGGACAGAGAUCGCAGGUUACGAGUCGCAUUCUUCCCAAAGAAGAAGCCAAGUAUAAAGAAAGAAAAGGAAACUGUGAAAGAUGAUGAGAAAAAGAAACGUUUCCAGAGCAUUCUGGACCCUAUCCGUCGCACAAGCAAACAGGAUCGCAAUGCAAUUGAAAAGGCUAAGUUACUGCACCAGAGGCAAAUGGGACCAUACAUCCGAUCAGCUUCUCACUCUGACCACAGCGAGAGAUCAAAAUCUAUUCAGUUUUUCAGCGAGGGAAGUGAGGCAAGCUAUCAGCCGGUGGUGAUCGGCUCACCAGGAGCAGCUACGGCCAGCACUGUCCAUGAUGGGAUCUCGGAGUGUGACACAGAUUCUGCUUUUGCAACACCUGCAACGUUCAAGAUGUUGACAGACAAUUCAUUAAUAGGGGAUUCCAGCAUUUCUACACCAAAGUCGGCCUUCGAGCUUCCAUCCACCCUUGAUCAGGUGAUGGAGGAGGAUAGAGAGUCAGAGAAAAGUCUUGAGACUGCUACACCCCCGUGUACUCCUAAACCAGGUCGCCGAGCGGAUGGGCAUGGCUAUGGAGCAUGGACAGAGGCUGGUUCUCAGACACACCCCCUGAGCCAGACAGAGGAAGAUCAAAUGCACUUGUCGGAUGUGGAGCAAGACCCAGCCAACUGGCAGCAGCUGGUUAGUCGGGAUGUCCUGUCUGGCCUGAAACCACAUGAGAUCAAGAGGCAGGAAGUUAUUAACGAACUUUUCCACACGGAGCGUGCUCACAUUCGAAUGCUGAAGGUUCUAGAUGUGAUCUUUUACCAGAAGAUGAUGCGAGAUGGCAGCAUACCCACAACUGAUGUGAGAAACAUAUUCUCCAACCUUGAGGAAGUCCUGCAGCUUCAUGUUUCAUUAAACGAACAGAUGAGAAAAGUCUGGAAAAGAAAUGAAAACUUUGUGGUUGAUCAGAUUGGAGAGGACUUGCUAAGCUGGUUCAGCUGUUCUGAAGAGGAGAAGUUUAAACGAGCUGCAGCUACUUUCUGCAGCAAUCAGCCCUUUGCUUUGGAACUGAUCAAAUCAAAGCAGAAGAAAGAUUCAAGAUUCCAGGCAAUCAUUCAGGAGGCACAGAGUAAUCCACAGUGCAGGAGGCUGCAACUUAAGGACAUCAUCCCAACUGAGAUGCAGCGUCUGACCAAAUACCCACUACUCCUGGAGAACAUUGCUAAAAAUACAGAUCCAGAACAGCACGAAGAGAAGAAGAAAGUGAAACAGGCAGCAGAAUGCUGCCGUCAGAUCCUGAACUUUGUGAAUCAGGCUGUGAAGGAAGCUGAAAAUAAGCAGCGGUUGGAAGAUUAUCAGCGGCGCCUGGAUCUAUCUAGCCUGAAGCAGUCAGAUUAUCCGCUGAUUGAGGAGUUCCGGAAUCUGGAUCUUACAAAGCGGAUCAUGAUACACGAAGGGCCUCUGACUUGGCGGGUGAAUAAAGAUAAGACAAUCGAUCUCUACACACUUCUGUUGGAGGACAUUUUGGUUCUAUCUCAGAAACAGGAUGAACGGUUGGUGUUGAAGUGUCACAGUAAAAAUCUUGCUGCCAAUGCUGACACCAAACACACCUUCAGCCCCAUUAUCAAACUCUCGGCUGUGCUUGUGAGAGAAGUUGCUACAGAUAACAAAGCUUUCUUCGUCAUCUCAACGUCAGCUGAUGGUGCACAGAUCUAUGAGCUGGUGGCUCAGACGGUGUCGGAACGGAAAACGUGGCAGUAUUUAAUCACACAGACUUCAGGAUCAAUAAAAGCACCAAGCCACCAUGUGGCCCCUGAACCACCUACUGAGAGUGAGCAAGAGGAUGAGGAGAAUCUGAGCACAAUCCAACCAGGUGGAUCAAGCAAAGUCCCAGGAAGGAUGUCGAGCAGCGGUGAUUCAACACAAGGUAAAGAGAUUGAUGACCCACUGGCUGUGAAUAUCUCAGCAUCCAACAAACAGAAACAUAGUGCAAUCAUCUCUGCGCAGGAAACAGAGGGGCAGCCCAGGUACAUACAGGACUUUAACAGUCUCCGAAGACCGACUGCAGGGCGGCCUCCCUAUAGAAGCACUGAGCUGCACUAUUCAAGUCAGGCUCGCAGUUCAGUCUCAUCAUUUCCUUAUUCAAGAGCAGAGUCUGCACUAAUAAACCUUCACUCCUUGAAGCAACUGCUGUCAGUUCAGAUGCUGGGUUCAGAAGAUGAUGCCAGCGAUGGAGCUUCUAUUCAGCACCUUCCGGAAGAGGACAGUUUAUCACUAAAGCAGGGGACAGAUGGGCCAUCCGACAGCACAACGUGUUGUCAAGGUGAGACGCCCAACAAGGCACUGCAGCAUCAGCUAGAGAUAGCCAAUGGGACACUGGAAGAAGUGGAGGCUGAAACAAGAGUUAGUGAAAGGACUAAACUUUCCCGUCAGUUGACACUGGAAGCAGGUCACGAACGUAUCACAACUGAAGGACACGGACCAGACUCGGUAGCAGAUGAUGGUGGAGAUAGGUUCUACGAUGCUCCAGAAGAUCAUUCAGAUGAGCAUCGAUCACAAGGGAACAGUCCAAGUCCAAACAGAGAAGAGGAGGCUAAGUCACAAGCCCGUGCAUCAGGGAACUUUCUAACCCUGGAUGACUUUCCACAGACUGAAGGGAGCUCCACUGAUGAAAUAGAUAUGUCUACAAUUCCGCCUGAUUAUUCUGUGGAUUGUAUCACCCAAAGCACUGAGGCGAGGGAGAGCAACAGUACAACUGAUCCUUGUAAUACUGAAGGGUCAGAGGCAGGAAUUAGACAGCUGCUUCCUUCAUCACAUGUGCGCAACCAAAUCCUCCAAUUCAUACAUAGUAUCGAGUCUGAUCUGAAAUAUUUAAAGGAGGUGGAGCUGGAAUGUUACAGUCAGCAUGUCCUGGAGUCCACAGCUUCACAUGAGCCAACAGGAGACAGUUAAUGUAGUUUGUUCAAAAGCAGAAUCAAGCCAGGCUUGGUGAUGGAACAUAUGGGUGCUUGGAGAUGACCCCUUGAAGCUCCUGCUAGCUCUGGACUUUAGAGACAUUUGUGGAACUGAUUGUUUGUUCAAAUGCCGCUGAUUUCUGGGUCAUUUUUGGGAUGGUGUAUCAGUGAGUCCUGCCUGUAUUGGUGUGUCUUGCCGGUUACGGAUGCAUCCCAGUUUGGUUGAUGCAAUCAUCCUCCCUCAUUUGCGCACAUCUCUUUCAAUUAUAGAACUGAUCUCGCUCUCCACAUCUCCUAAAACCAAAUGUACAGAAAUUCAGCAGAAAAUCAGCUUAGAGUUUGAUGAAAUCGAGAUGUAUUUAUUUGUAUUCACUUGCUAUGAUAAAUGCAAUCGUUUUGUUAUAAUUUUUAUUUUCAUAGCCUGUAUUAAGCUGAUUUGCAAAUGGAGAUUAAGAUCUGGUUAAUGCAUGGAAUCCAUGUGCUGGGUUCCAACACUGGGGACAGUGGAAUAGACAGCUCGGGUGUACAAGAGAUUUACCAUGCAAUCAGGGUAAGAGAGUUACUACACUGCUGGGGUGUGAGGGUUACCACACAGGGUGUGAGAGAGAAUUAGUGUGUGUUUGUGUCUGUGUGUGUCUUGCUUGUACUGCUGGGGUAUGAGGCAGUAACUACACAGGUGAUGAAAGAAAAUUAGUUGCUCCGUUGGGUAAGAGGGUUAAUGCACAAGGUGAGAGAUGCUUCAUAGGGUGAGUCAGUUACUGGACUACUUGGAUUUGAGUGAAUGUGAGAGAAAGAGUUAGUGCUCAGUAUGUGUGAGAGAGAACGCUAGUGCACAGAGAAUGCAAGGGAGAGCAGGUGUAUGGAGUGUGAAAGAGAGAUGGGGCAGGCAGUGUGCAUGAGAUUAAGGAGUCAGUGCACAGACUGCAGGACUGACAGCACAGCUGGGCUGUGAGAGGAUGCGUGUUAUUACACAGUUCAUUACUACAGCAAAGCUCCUGAUAGUUAAGCCAGGUUCAAGAUCCACAUUAUAUCUGCUGUUAUUAUCCUAAUCAGAUGUAGAAUCAGGGUUGUGGACCAAAGCUGCUUUGUAGCAAAACCUCCACUCAGAGCAAAGUAUCAGGUGCAGGGACAGGUUAGUGUUUCUGUCCAGAGAACCACUAACUCUCUAACUUGUCUUUCCUCUGGGCAUGCAGUGUGUUUGCAACAUACAGUUUCAUAUUCUUUGUACAUUAAGUACUUGGCAAACACAUUCAUUCCUCACAUCCCCAUCGCCAGGGCUGUUGCAUCAUAUUUUCUCAGAUGCUUAUCUCUCACUGAUACUAUGGUGUUGGAACAAUUUGGUCACAAAAUAGCAGAGCAGGCUUCUGACACAAGAUGUUGGAAAAGUUGUGAUGGGCACUGGGUCUGGCCAACUCCUUUUUCUGCCAGAAUUUUUGUUAAUAUAAACAAUUGAUUUGCAUUUAGAGUAUGACCUCCUGGGAGCAGUUCCUCCAUGCCACAAGUAACCCCUCCUUUCAAUCAUGUGGCUGCCUAUAUUCCACUUUAUAGAAAUGGUGGCUGUAACCAAAUCUAUCUGGUAGCUGCUGUGCCCAAUUAUAAUUCCUGUCCCUUAUAAACAGAUCUCAAUGUUACACAGGGCUGGGAGGAGAAGCUUCAUUUUGGUGACGCCCAUCAGUUGUGAAUAAGCUGGAAAUCACCGUUACCUAGUUGCUGUUUGGUACAGAUGGUAAAGUGAACAUAAGACCUGUUAACAAGACACAGACACCCUCCCAGUGGCUGUCAGUUCUAACUCUGACUAAAGCAGAUACUUUCAGCUCUCCAGUAAAUUUUCCCCACACCACUCUUGCUUCAGAGAUGAUGCUGAUUUGGUGCGAGUGCAUGUCCUAACUUUGCAUAUUGCCCCUGACAUAUGUACAGAUCCGCUAUAGCUCCUGUUGUUGCCCUGUACAUCACCCUGCGCAACACACUAACCCUGCUGCCUCCCCUAAUCUAUAGUUUUAUUUGUCUCAAGUUUAUGACAUAUUUCAAUUUGGUUUUAUCUAACUUUGUAAAAUAGCAUCUCGUUUAAGAUUUAGCAAUGACAUUAUGUUACUUGAAAAAAAAACAAAUAUAAUUCUGUUUCUGGGAUCUGGGUUUUAAAGAAAUGUUUCAUUAUAAUUAAAUUGUUUCAGUAUAAUUAAAAAGCUGUGGCGGAAAGAG